UCUAAUAAUUUUUCCGGACCGGGUGUAUGUGGAAAUGUCGCUGCGCUUGGGACUGCUUCUUUUGGGGCUACUGGCCCCGUUGAUCCUUGUGGAAUCCGCCCUCAUAAACCUCAUUGUGGGUGGCGAUCAGGCGGAUAUCGCCAACUAUCCGUACCAGGUAUCGGUUCGUCUGGAGACCUACAUGCUGCUCCACAUAUGCGGUGGCAGUAUCUACGCCCCAAUGGUGGUCACUGCCGCUCACUGCAUCAAGGGACGCUUUGCAUCCUACAUCCGGAUCGUAGCUGGCCAGAACUCAAUAGCAGACCUGGAGGAGGAGGGAGUGAAGGUCAGCAAGCUGAUCUACCACAGCGGCUACAACAAGAAAACCUUUGUUAAUGACAUUGGUCUGAUCAUCACCCGCGAGGCGCUGGAGUACUCCGCUCUAGUACAGCCCAUUGCUUUGGCGGUGGAGGCUCCUCCUUCGGGUGCCCAUGCCGUGGUCAGUGGCUGGGGCAAACGGACCGAAGAGGAUGAAGCCCUGCCAGCCCUGCUACGUGCCGUCCAGCUGCAGAUUGUGGAGAGGAACACCUGCGGAGCUCAGUACCUGACUAAGGACUACACCAUCACGGAUGAGAUGCUCUGCGCUGGAUUCUUGGAGGGCGGCAAAGACACCUGCAACGGAGAUUCUGGCGGUCCCCUCGUCGUUGACGGAGUUCUGGUGGGCAUCGUAUCCUGGGGCGUGGGUUGCGGCAGGGAGGGAUUCCCAGGAGUGUACACCAGCGUCAACUCGCACAUCGCCUGGGUGGAGGACCAGGCGGAGCCGUACCUCUAGGGGGAAUUCUCUAAAGAGAGGAGGCCCUUCACGGCCUGAAAGCGAACAAAGUCAACGAACAAAAUAUGACUUACUUAAUUACUGACUAAAUUUACCUUGUUUAUCUAGUUUUUUUAUGGAGAUAGCACCAAUAAAUAUUCGCAUUAUGGGAAUGAUGGACUUUA